AUGUCUGCGGCAGAUGAAUCACCGGCUCAACAGGCUGCUCGCCUCCGACGUGAACGACGCGAGGCCAAAAUAAAAGCUGGCGGUUCUGCAAGACUUGACAAAAUUACCAGCUUAAGUGGACGGACACCCGCAAGCAUGAGAGAGGAUCCCCUAGCUUCAGUUUCCGAUUCAACCUCGGUUCCUGAACAUCGUCCACAGCCCCCCCGAAAGUCCGUUUCUUCCAUACCUCCCACCACCACUGUCGAGGAUCAUACUCCCGAAAACCUCAAAGCACAAGAAGAGUAUGUGCGGGCUUUACUGCGCUCACCACAACCGUUAGACCAAAACACUCCCGAACAAAACACGACAGCCCUGCUGGGCAGCCUCCUAGGUGGAGGACCAACCGGUGAUGAUUCGUUUGCCGGGGCUGAAGGAGGUGUAGCGUUUAAUCCGGCCGAUAUAGCAUCAGCCUUGGGCGUGCCUCCUUUGCUAGCUAACUUCUUCUUGGGUGGAAAUUCACAACCUGCUACGCCGGCGGAGCAGCGUGUGGUAUGGAUUUUCAAGGUCGUGCAUGUUCUUUUCUCAUUGGGAAUCGGGAUAUAUAUGCUGAGCCUGUUCCAAUACUCGGUUUCGACAUAUGGACAUAAUCCCCCACCUCCUGCAACUGCGCAAAAUCCCUUUACUCUCUUUAUUACAGGAGAAGUUGCGCUAAGUGGGAUGCGGGUUCUGAUGCGAGCAAGAGAAGGCCAGCUCCUCAAUGCGCGGACAUGGAUUCAGCUUCUGGGAGAUCUUGUGAGAGAUGGGAGAAUUGCUGUAUUUGCUCUUGGUGCUGGCAUGUGGUUGCUUGGUAGCGAGGGGUCUGGGCUUAAAUCAUGA